AUGAAAUUUGUGUUUGUGCCUGCUGUUUUAGAUGAAGUACUGCAGGUACGUUCUGUCGAUCUCAUAAAGACCAGGAAAGGACAGAAUCGACAGGAGCAUCACACAGACGCUUUCUUUAGCAAUCAUCUGAUCAUCCGCAGAGGGCAGUGUUUCCAGAUGACUAUUGAACUGUCAAGACCUUUAAUUCCAAGCAAAGACCAACUAUACCUGGAGCUCAGACUCGGUAAUGUGGUACCAGCACACAGGGACAGUUUUGUGAGUGUUCCAAUUGUGCCAGAAUUCAAGAAAAAUGCUUGGGAGGCAAAGAUUAUCGAGCAGGCGAAAACCACCAUCAAACUAUCAGUGUACUCUCUUCCGACCGCUUGCAUCGGACAGUACAAGCUCACUGUGGUCACGAACUGCCCAGCGGGAAAAGCCACUUCACCGUACACACCUGACAAUGACAUUUACAUGCUGUUCAACCCUUGGUGCACAGAUGACCCGGUGUACUUGAAGGAUGAGGCUGAAAGAAAUGAAUAUGUGCUGAAUGAUAUGGGCAAAAUGUACUAUGGUACUGAGCAACAGAUUGGUACCAGAACCUGGAAUUUUGGUCAGUUCGAUGAAGGUGUCCUGGAAGCAUGUUUCUUUGUCUUGGAGAAAAGUGGGUCUCCGUGUUCAGGAUGGGGAGACCCUAUUAAUGUAGUGAGAGUGAUAUCUGCACUGGUUAAUUCCAAUGACGAUCAAGGUGUGCUGAUUGGUAACUGGCAAAACAGCUACGAGGGUGGACUUUCUCCCACGGCCUGGAGCGGAAGCAGCGCCAUCCUGAAACAGUACCACAAAAGUGGAGGAACGCCUGUGAAGUUUGGACAGUGCUGGGUCUUUGCUGGAGUCACCAACACUAUGUUGCGGUGUUUUGGCGUGCCCACACGGCCCGUCUCAAACUUCAGCUCCGCUCAUGACACCGAUGUUUCUUUGACAACUGAUGUUUAUUUAGACGAGAAACUGGAGGAGAUUAAAGACUUAAACCGCGAUUCAAUCUGGAACUUCCAUGUGUGGAAUGAGUCCUGGAUGACCCGGCCGGAUCUGCCUGCAGGUUUUGGAGGUUGGCAGGUUGUUGAUGCGACCCCUCAGGAAACCAGUCAGGGUGUUUUCCGCUGCGGACCCACAUCUGUAGCUGCAGUGCGCAGUGGACAGGUCUACCUCAAAUACGACACACCCUUCGUUUUUGCCGAAGUGAACAGUGAUAAAGUGUUCUGGCAGCGGCAGAGUAACGGCUCCUUCACAGUGAUUAAAGUGGACGAAAAUGCUGUCGGACACUGCAUCAGCACCAAAGCUGUGGGCUCAGAUCAGCGAGUGGACAUCACACACCUCUACAAACACCCAGAAGGCUCUUCAGAGGAGCGCAGCGCAGUGGAAGCAGCCUGUAAUUUUGGCUCCAAGCGCUCCAUCUACUUGCCCAGAAACAGCAGCAGCAGCAGCAGCAGAGACGUGACUGUGGAUGUGGUCAUGGAGGACAGUGGAGCGUGUUUGGGUCAGGACGCCGUGUUGUUCAUUGUGCUGAAGAACAGCAGCAGCUCUGCUCGGACUGUGGAUCUCCAGAGCCGUGUGGAAGCCGUAGACUACACUGAACACCACAAAGCCUUCCUGAGGAAAGACCAGACCAGAGCUCAACUCAAACCUCAUGAGGUUCAGUCUCUGGAGUGGAUCCUGCAGUAUGAGGAGUACAAGGAGCAGCUGGAGGGUCAGACGUCGCUGCUUCUCUCUCUGUCUGGACGCGUCACUGAAACCAAACAAACUCUGGCCAAACACUUCACCUUCAGACUGCGCACACCAGACCUCAUCCUCACUCCUGUAGGUGACGCUGUGGUGGGCCAAGAGCUGAAAGUCAAACUCAAGUUUCAGAAUCCACUGGUGUCUGUGCUGAGAAAUGUCAUCUUCCGGAUGGAGGGACUGGGACUGCAGCACGUCAAAACCAUUCACUAUGGUGAUAUCACAGGCGGUGCGACUGUGCGUCUGACGGAAACAUUUGUUCCCAAACGCUCAGGCCCACAGAAGCUUCUAGCAACUCUGGACUGUCCUCAACUCACUCAAGUUCAUGGAGUCGCAAACAUCCUGGUUAAAAAACGCUGAUCAUGGAGAACAUUCCCUUCAACACAAUCAAGAAAAAUCAAAACUGGGUUGUUUGUAAACACUAAUUUGCACCCAAUCAGAUUUUUGGAGAGGGGUAACUCUCUUGUUAAGUUGUGAUGUAUGGUUUCCGGGUCCA